GAUUGUUCAAAUUCUUGUAGUGGCAGAAUCAAGCUACUGUAUUAUAACAUAAAAGAAUCCACUUUCUGUAAUAAUAGCAAGAAAAAUGAUGAACAUGUGCUUAUUCCGGCGGCCUCAGUUCCUGCAGCUUUGGUUAGUGAUGAUGGCAACGUCAUGUAGUUUAAGUUACUCCAAGUGUGAAUUCAAGGCAAUCUUCAACUUCGGCGAUUCUAAUUCAGACACCGGUGGGUUUUGGGCAGCUUUUCCGUCGCAGUCUGGUCCUUUCGGAAAGACCUACUUUGGGAGGCCGGUAGGUCGGGCCUCCGACGGCAGACUAAUCGUUGAUUUCUUAGCUGAAGCUCUAGGAUUCCCAUUUCUGAGUCCAUACCUGCAAUCAAUUGGGUCUGAUUUUAGACACGGAGCUAACUAUGCAACGCUGGCCUCUACAGUGCUUUUGCCAAACACUUCCUUAUUCGUGACCGGAAUCAGUCCUUUUUCUCUUGCAAUUCAGCUCAACCAGAUGAAAGAAUUCAAAGUUAAAGUUGAUGAAUUUCACUCUACUAAUAAGAAGACAGGAUCAACUAAUCUUCCAUCACCAGACAUUUUUGGGAAAUCAAUCUACACAUUAUAUAUUGGUCAAAAUGAUUUCACUUCCAAUUUAGGAGCUAUUGGGAUAGCUGGCGUCAAGCAGUAUCUUCCUCAAGUAAUUGCACAGAUUGUUGGCACUAUCAAAGAGCUAUAUGCAUUGGGAGGGCGUACAUUUCUUGUUCUCAAUCUUGCACCAGUUGGAUGUUAUCCUGCAUUAUUAGCAGGGCUUCCUAAGAAUACCUCAGACAUUGACCGGUUCGGUUGCUUAAUUUCUUACAAUAAUGCAGUGGUGGAUUACAAUAACAUGUUGAAGCAGGCACUGAGUGAAGCUAGAGUGGCACUUCGAAAUGCUUCGCUUAUAAAUGUAGACAUUAAUGCUCUUAUGCUACAGCUCUUUCAACGUCCCACUUCCCAUGGGCUUAAAUAUUCUACUAAAGCAUGUUGUGGACAAGGGGGAGGUGCUUACAAUUUUAAUCCUAAAGUUUAUUGUGGGAAUACUAGAGUGAUUGAUGGAAAGAAUGUUACAGCAUUAGCUUGUGAUGAUCCUUAUAACUAUGUUAGCUGGGAUGGAAUACAUGCCACAGAAGCUGCAAAUAAGAUUAUUACAAUGGGUAUCAUCAAUGGCUCUUAUUCUGAUCCUCCUUUUUCCCUUCAACAUUGUGAACUCCACCCCAUUGAUAAAUCUUAAGACUUAGUUUGUUAAUAAUCUUAAUAUCUCUAAGCAAGUAAGCAAAAGCGGCAUAUUUCUAUUCAAAGAAAUUGGAAACAGAGCAUAGCAUUUGUUUUUCUUCAAUUUUAAGCUUCUGAAGACUAUAAUUCAUGUUUCGUUGUAACUA